UACAGUGGAGUCUGGGUAUAAGGAACCCCCGGUAUAAUGAACACCUCGAUAUAGUGAACACCUAGAAAUUUACAUUGAGUACUCUAAAUAGUGAACUAUCGACAACUCGAAAUAGUGAACAAAGCUUUAAACGCAACGGCAAGCAUAAACUGUUAAAAAAAAAACUCAGAAACAUUAUUUACGAAUUGAAGCUUUGCGAGGACCAAGUAUAUAACGCAGACGAGACCGGCUUGUUUUGGAAAAUGCUUCCUGAUAGAACGUAUGUCAGCCAAACAGAAAAAACAGCUCCGGGGAGAAAAGCAGAAAAGGCCAAAAUUACUUUUCUUGCAUGUACAAAUGCAACUGGUCAGCAUAAAGUGAAACCGUUAAUAAUUGGGCAUGCCAAGAAGCCGCGCUCCUUUAAGGCUUAUGACAUCCCGGUAGACUAUCGGAACUCUAAGAAUGCAUGGAUGACCGCCAACAUUUUCAGAGAAUGGUUUCACCAUUGCUUCGUCCCUCAGGAACAUACAUUUAUAAUGCAACUCUUGACAUUUUUGCAGAGUAUUUAUUCGUUUUUAAUUUAUAUUAGGUUCAAAAAUAUUUACUACAGAAAGGAUUACCAGCCAAAGCUAUCCUUUUGCUUGAUAACGCCCCUUGCCAUCCACCAGAAGAUGAACUUAAAACUGCUGAUGGAUCCAUAUUCGUGAUUUAUAUGCCUCCAAAUGUAACGCCUUUAAUUCAGCCUAUGGAUCAAAAUGUGAUUCGCUUAACUAAGUUGUAAAGUUGUAUUGUUGUGAAAGGAUGACAUCACACAAUUUCUUAAACAUUUAACUUUAAAGGAAGCUGUAUCAUUUUUAAUGCUUGCUUGGAAUCAGCUGCAGGCAAAUGUAAUAGUAAAAUGUUGGAAGCCUUUAUUAGAAUGCUUAAAUACUACAGAAGCAAAUGAAAGCGAGGAUGAAGACGAUGAUAUUCCAUUGAGCUUACUUCGUGAAAAAAUAUUGCAGGAAAAAUGUGAAGAAGUUCAUGAUAUACAGGGUCUGCUGCAAAUUGUAUUACCGGAGGAAACCUACACUGAACAAGAUAUUGAGAAGUGGAAUUCAAUCCAAGUUGACGAAGAAAUUGAUUUAGAUAAUUAUGCCAUGGAUACUGAAGAAUCUGGUAGUGACAGCCAAGGCGAAGGACAGAUCGGAAAUUUAAUAAAAGCUACUGAAGCCAUUAAAAGCUUCGAUAUAGCUAUCGCAUGGGCUGAAGCUAACACCACUGACUAUGCUAGCAUACUAGUACUGAAAAGUCUACGCGAAAAAGCGGUCCAAAAGUCAAUUUCCGAACACAAACAGCAAACAUCUAUUCGUAAAUUCUUUCAAUAAUAUGUAUGUAUUUUUCAAAAUAUUACUUCAUACAAAUAAUCUGUUUUGUUUAUAUAAAAAACCUGAAUUUAAAGCUAAUAAACCAAGUUAAAACAAAAAAAAUGUCAACCUUAAUAUAGUGAACAACCUGGAUACUGUGAACAGGCCUCGGAGAAAUUAGUUCACUAUAUCCAGA